AUGUCUUCCAACCAGCCAUAUAUUGAAAAGCCUCGCUGAAAAGGCUAAAGAAGCAGAGAAGAUGAAGAAAGAGCAUGGACAUGAGAAAGCAGAGCCGGUCAGGGCAGACGGCCUCCCACCAUGAGCCAGGCUCUGUUCAAGGUUUCUGCCUGUUAAGAGGGAGUUUUUCCUUGCCGCUAUCAGCAAGUGCUUGCUCAUGGGGGAAUGUUGGGUCUCUGUAAAUACAACUAUAUGGAGUAAAGUCAAGCCCUGCUUUAUAUGAAUAGUUCCCUGAGAUAACUUCUGUUAUGAUUUGGCGCUAUAUAAAUAAAAUUAAACUGAAUUGCAUGCAGAGACAGACAGGUGAAACUGCAGAUUAACUUUCAUCUCAAAAAAUAUUCAGUGUAAUUUUUUGCAAUUUUCAGGCUUUGUAAUGUAAGAUAAUCAGAUGUUGUAUAUAUUAAUAUAUAAAUUCAUAUUUUACAGGUGGCUGAGUUGUUCCCUGAACAUGAAGAAAAACUGAAAUUGUUCUGCGUCACAGAUCAGCAGUUAGCUUGCAUCAUAUGCCGAGAUGGAGAGAAGCAUGAAGGACACAAGUUUAAACCUAUCAAAGAAGCAGCUGCAUCUGUGAGGAAGGAGUUGGAGAUGGGUAUGGAGAACUUUUCUGAUGAUAUCUGUGCUACAGAGAGCCUAGCCAAUACACAGAGGGAAGAAAUCAGAAAAACCAAAGAGAAGUCUCAGCAGCACCAUCAAUCAGGUAUCUUCUCUGCUUUUGCCACUACUGGAGCAUUUGGCCAAACCAAGACCUUAUCUUCAUUUGACUUUUCCAAAGGAUUUGGCCAAACCAAGACCCAACCAUCAUUUGACUUCUCCAAAGGAUUUGGUCAAACCACAACCUCCCCUUCAUUUGACUUCUCCAAAGGAUUUGGCCAAACCAAGACCCAACCAUCAUUUGACUUCUCCAAAGGAUUUGGUCAAACCACAACCUCCCCUUCAUUUGACUUCUCCAAAGGAUUUGGCCAAACCAAGACCCCACCUUCAUUUGACUUCUCUAAAGGAUUUGGCCAAACCAAGACCCCGCCUUCAUUUGACUUCUCCAAAGGAUUUGGCCAAACCAAGACCCAACCAUCAUUUGACUUCUCCAAAGGAUUUGGUCAAACCACAACCUCCCCUUCAUUUGACUUCUCCAAAGGAUUUGGCCAAACCAAGACCCCACCUUCUUUUGACUUUUCCAAAGGAUUUGGGAAAACGACAACCCCACCUUCAUUUGACUUCUCCAAAGGAUUUGGCCAAACCAAGAACCCACCAUCAUUUGACUUCUCCAAAGGAUUUGGCCAAACCAAGACCCCACCAUCAUUUGACUUCUCCAAAGGAUUUGGCCAAACCAAGACCCCACCAUCAUUUGACUUCUCCAAAGGAUUUGGUCAAACCAAGACCCCACCUUCAUAUGACUUCUCCAAAGGAUUUGGGAAAACGACAACCCCACCUUCAUUUGACUUCUCCAAAGGAUUUGGCCAAACCAAGACCCCACCUUCUUUUGACUUUUCCAAAGGAUUUGGGAAAACGACAACCCCACCUUCAUUUGACUUCUCCAAAGGAUUUGGUCAAACCACCACCCCCCCUUCAUUUGACUUCUCCAAAGGAUUUGGCCAAACCAAGACCCCACAUUCAUUUGACUUUACCAAAGGAUUUGGCCGAACCAAGACCCCACCGUCAUUUGACUUCUCCAAAGGAUUUGGCCAAACCAAGACCCCACCUUCAUUUGACUUAUCCAAAGGAUUUGGCCAACUCAAGAACCCACCUGCAUUUGGCUCUACCAGAUGAAAAAUAUGAUGCCCAAAAAUAUUCUAAAUUUAGUCCAAAUAUAGCCACAGAACUAUCAUUUGUAGACAGACCUGGAAAUAACCUGAAUUACCUAAACUACUCAUUCAGGAAGCUCCCCUUCUAUGAUGCAGACAACAUCACACUAGUUUCAUGUCCAUGCUACUGUCAGCAUAUUUUAGGAUUAGAUACGGAGUACCAGAUCCUAAUCCUAUGACAGUGUGCUGGUACUGACAUGUGGAAUGAUGGGCCAACAGGAAAUCCUUGGAAUGAUUGAUAAAAGACAAGGUCAAGAUAAAUAUCACAAGUAUCAGUUUUAAGUGUUCUAUUUGGUAAUGCUUUACUUUACAGGUCCCAUAUUUUCCAGCUUGUGUCGUGGAAACUUUCUUCAUAAUUUCUGAAAAAAUAGCUGUUAUUUAGUUGUUCAUUACCACAAUAUUUCCAUGAAGGCAGACGCAAUUUGACACAAACUCUAUUACCCUGAAUUAUAAUGGUAAGAGAGAGAGCAUUACUUGCUAGUUUUUAAGAAAAAAAAAUAGGAAGUUAUGUAAUACUGAAGGUAAAUGAAAAAAAGUUCAUAAACUGACGCCUAUAUCCAUUGAAGUUUCCAAGAAAAACAAACAAAAUUCUUAAUUUGGAUUAUUCAUAACGUUAAGACGCCAUACAUAAUAGAUCUGCUUGAUAAUCUAUACAUAUUCAUUGAACUGACAUUUAUGCUGCAUAUUGCUUGAAGUGCAUGCUCACCUGCAGUUCUGAGCUUUAUUGGAAAUUUUUUAGUUUUGUGCGUCAAACUAAUGAUAAUUACUAAUAAAAUACACUCUAUGCUAUAAAACUUCAACGACUCAGCAGGUAUACUUAUAAACAUAUUUUUGCAUAAUUUCUACAGUCUGAACUUGUGAAAUAAAGUGAUAAAGUCCCGUUUCCAUUAUGUUUUCCAUCCUUUGAGGAUUUUUAAUUAUGCCAUUUUGUUUCACCCUGUUCUUGUGCAGUGGUUUAUUGGGAAAAACUGCUGUUUUAUCGUGAUGAACCAAAGCUUAAUAGCUACAUAACAGUAAUGGAUGGAGAUCCACAUAAUUUUUUUUCCCCCCUUUGCUAAUGUUCUACAAAUUCAGUUAAAACUUGCACUGAUUUGGCUGGAAACUUAACUAAUAACUUUAACCUUAUCCCUCCAUCUCCUGUUCUCUGUCUCAUCAUUUUGUGCCCUCUGUGUUGUUUAAGAUUGUUUAAGGACAGUCUUCUCCCUUUUGUCCCAGAACUCACCUUGGCAGGCUGAACGAAGGGUUGCCCUGGCUGGUCAGGAUGCAGGAUCCAGCAGGAAUCCCAGCUCACAGCUUUCUGAGUCCCACCUAUGUAAUUUGUGUAAAAACCCUUUGUGGAACAAAUUCCACAAAUGACUCUCAAUCAUGAGAUCCUGGAGUGCUCAGAGCAGCUCUCCAGUUCUGAUGCAGACUUCUCUGUAGACUUCAUGGUAGUGGUGAUGUCCCCCACUGUAGGCAGUUCUGGGGAAAGGACCUGAGCCUGGAACAGUUCACCAGUCAAAUUACAUUUAUGUACAACUAAACAUCAAUAGCAAAUAUGUUUUGUAGGAAAAAUAAUUGCUGGCUUGAUUAUGUUCAGAGGCCAGGUUUUUAAUUUUUUUUUUUUUGAAUGACUGGAGCCACACAUUUAUUAAUGGCAGUGUAUUUGCUAGGAGGUGGUUAGGGUGGAAGGCAGGCAUACAAAGUGAAUGGCUGCCAGCAGUAACUGGGGUUUGUAUCCAGAGUCCUGUCUGUGGUUGUGUAUGUAGUCACUGUGAUCUUCUUCUGUAUUAAACAAGACCACAAUCUUUACCUAAUCCUAAACAAGUGCUGUAGGUGUCAUAACCAUUAAAAAGUUUAAUAAUGCUUUAGUUACUAGAAGUGGAUAUUUUAAUGAAAGAUCGGAUAUUUUGGUGGAAAACAAAUAUGUUGUCUGUGCACAUUUUACCAACAUGUUCCAUGUCAUUUUCAUUUCAUUUGUGCCAAAUACGUAAUUGAAGAUAUCCAUAUUAUGUUAAUAGAAACAUAAUCAGGUUCCAAUUACAUUUUUUACAAAAUAUAUUUGCUGUUUAGUUGUACGUAAACAUACAAAAAAUGUUAAGAAAACUAUUAAAAAUGAUGCUAUUUUACAAACGCCUUAGCUCGUUAGCUUGCCUCAGUCACUAGUGGGAUAAUAAGUUCAGUUUAUUCAAAAUACGUACAGUUCCUUCAUUUGCAUCAACACCUCUUUGGACUGCACCCAUGAACAGCUACCAAAUGCAAAUUCAACACUUGGGAUCAGCUCCAGUCCUUUACCUGCUUAAUUUGUCAUGAAAUAAUGAGGGAACAGGCCACACCUGGCCAUGGAACUGAUUGUCAGUGGACUCUCCAAUUACUUUUGAGUCUCUGAAAAUGGGGGCCUAUGUAUAAAAAUGGUUGUAAUUCCUAAACAGUUUAUGUGAUGUUUCUGUUAAACCCACUGAAUUAAAGCUGAAAGCGUACAAUUCAAUCACAUCUUGAUGGCUUCGUUUCAAAUCCACUGUGGUGGUAUAUAGAGGCUAAAUUACAAAAAUUGUUUCACUGUCCAAAUACUAAUGUACCUAACUGUAUAUGUAUCAUCAUCUCCUGUUUUGUAACUUUCUGCAAACCACAGCUCUUUUGUGGAACAGUUUUACUCCCACAAAGCUGGUUAAAUAAAACUGAAUGGUGCAACACAGCUAAGACUAGAGGAAGCUCUAGGCUCUCUCAAAGGUCAGCACUGUCGAGACAGUUUAUUACUGGUCAACAGUGUGAAUUCAUGUGUCAAAGUUCACCACAGUUGACCGCUGACAUUUCGUGUGGAUUAAUUUCUCCUCCUCAAGCAGAUCUUCUUAACACAGCUAUUCCACUGGAAUAACUUGAAAUUGUCGCAGAAUUUCAACGUUUUAAAUUCUGGUGUCCAGGGCAUUAGACUGUUUUGGAGCUUUCCUCUCUGAGACUGCGGGGUUCCUACUAAUGGUAAUGCAUGUUACUGUACAGCAAGUUACUUAUGACAGAUUUGUAUAAGUCAUCAGUUUUUGUUUUUUUUGUUUUUUCAAAAAAAAAAAAAAAGGAAAGCCAUGCAGGCACAA